AUGUACCGCCGUCUGCCGACAGUCAACAGUAGGACUGGUUUUUUUCACCGCUUGCUGAUAUUUACGAUACAGGCAGGUUGUAUCUACGAUAACGAAACAUGAUGACGUGUUCAUUGCCGUAAGUGAAAGUAUCUCAUUAGUGGUAGGAGUUAUAGACGGAGGCCUUCAAUAUCAGUUGUAUUUCGUAUCGCGCACAGUCUCUCGUCGGUUGUGGUUUAGUGCACUUGUAUCAAAGGUAUCGUUCUGCUUCGUUUACGAUGUGUGGAAUUUUUGCAUAUAUUAAUCAUCUGACGCCGAAGAGCCGAAGAGAAAUAUUGGAAUUACUUGUUAAUGGAUUGAAACGUUUAGAGUACCGUGGCUAUGACUCUGCUGGCGUUGCUAUCGAUGCCGCCGACCAAAAGGAUAUUGCAGUUCUUAAAAGAAGUGGUAAGGUAGCCGCCCUUGAAGAAUUGCUUCAAGAACAAAGUGGCCAAUUAGCUGUUGAAGAAUGCAUGGAAUCCCAUUGUGGCAUUGCCCACACCCGUUGGGCGACUCACGGUGAGCCGAGUGCAGUUAAUUCACAUCCCCAACGUUCUGGUGACGAUAAUUCCUUUGUUGUUAUUCACAAUGGAAUCAUUACCAACUACAAAGAAGUGAAAACAUUCCUGGAAAAUAAAGGUUAUACCUUUGAAUCCCAGACUGAUACUGAAGCUAUUGCUAAGCUGGUGCAUCACAUUUACAGCCAGCACAAGGAUUACAAUUUCCAAGAGUUAGUUGAGCAGGUAAUUCAGCAACUUGAAGGAGCAUUUGCCCUCUGUUUCAAAUCUCGGUAUUUCCCAAAUGAGUGUGUGGCAACAAGACGUGGAAGUCCUUUGCUCGUGGGAAUUAAAACCAAGCGUCGUCUGUCUAGCGAUCAUGUACCAAUUAUGUACACUAACAACAAAGCAACUAGAGGAGUAGUGCCAACUGUGCCUCGUGUAAACAGUCAUGCUCAGUUUGAACCUGAAGAAGAAAGAGAUGUUGAGUAUUUCUUUGCCUCUGAUGCAUCAGCGGUUAUUGAGCACACAAACAGAGUGCUUUAUUUUGAAGAUGACGAUGUCGCUCACAUCAAGGACGGAGUUCUCAGCAUCCAUCGUAUGUCUGGUAGCAGCACCGAUCCUCACCAGAGAGAAAUUUUGACACUCAAGCUUGAGUUGCAGCAAAUUAUGAAAGGUAACUAUGACUACUUCAUGCAGAAAGAAAUUUUUGAACAGUCUGAAUCUAUUGUAAACACAAUGAGAGGUCGUCUCAAUUUUGCCAAUGGCACUGUUACUCUUGGAGGCAUAAAAGAUUACAUUCCUGAAAUAAAGCGCUGCAGAAGAUUAAUGUUGAUUGGAUGUGGUACCAGUUACCACAGUGCUGUAGCGACUCGUCAGUUGCUAGAAGAGCUAACAGAGCUUCCUGUGAUGGUGGAGCUUGCUUCAGAUUUUCUUGACAGAAAUACUCCUGUUUUCCGUGAUGAUGUCUGCUUCUUCAUCUCACAAUCCGGAGAAACUGCCGAUACAUUGAUGGCGCUGCGUUACUGCAAACGUCACGGAGCUCUUAUAGUUGGUAUAACCAACACUGUAGGAAGUUCCAUUUGUCGUGAAUCACACUGCGGUGUUCAUAUCAACGCCGGUCCAGAAAUUGGAGUUGCUUCCACUAAAGCCUAUACGUCACAAUUUGUGUCCCUUGUUAUGUUCGCGCUAGUAAUUAGUGAAGAUCGUAUCUCUUUGCUUAAACGUCGAGCGGACAUUAUUCAAGGACUUCACGAAUUGGAUUCUAAAAUCCGUCAAGUACUGGCCUUGGACGAUAAAGUAAAAGCUUUAGCACAAGACUUAUACCGCCAGCGUUCACUGUUGAUUAUGGGUCGUGGUUACAAUUUCGCUACCUGUUUAGAAGGAGCCUUGAAAGUAAAGGAAUUGACGUACAUGCACAGCGAAGGUAUUAUGGCUGGUGAAUUGAAACAUGGUCCUCUAGCCCUUAUCGAUGAUUCUAUGCCUGUUAUGAUGAUUGUGAUGCGAGACCCAGUUUACACCAAGUGCAUGAACGCUUUGCAACAGGUGACCGCACGUCAAGGACGGCCCAUAGUCGUGUGCGAAGAAGGUGACACGGAGACUAUGGCUCUUGCCUCCCGCGUUCUAGAAGUUCCUAAGACAGUAGAUUGCCUACAAGGAGUACUGACAGUAAUUCCUAUGCAGUUAUUAGCAUAUCAUAUAGCUGUACUGCGUGACUGUAAUGUCGACUGUCCUAGGAAUCUCGCGAAGUCAGUUACUGUCGAAUAAACCAUUUAUUACUUCUAAGUUCUUAACAUUAAAAGAUCUCUUUUAGCACAACUUCGAGGUUAUAUGAAGAUAUAUUUUGUAUGUGAUAGUAUGAAACUAAUAUUUUAUACGAAUCGAUGUUAACUGUUUUUACGUAAAAUGGUUUUCACUUUAUUUCAGACAUAGCCGGUGUAAGAUUUAUUCGGAUUUAUUAUUACAAACAGUAACAGUUCUUUAUUUUACAUUCCGUAAAAGUCAUUUAUAUUUUAAAAUUAGGCGUAAUAUUACAUUCCAUUGCAUAAUGUGGAGUCGACUACUAUCAUCGUUGCGAAGGUCAAACUUCGCGCCAUUUAACAUGAAAUUUGUAAUUUUUUUUUGUUGGCAACAGCCCACUCUAUACUGACGGAGUGCUUUAGAGAUCAGUUAAUUUUUAUUAUAUUUUAGAUCGUGUGCAAUGAUUUUAUAAAAAAAUGUUUUACAUCAAGUACGUAUAAAUACUCCUAUAUUGUUAAUUAGACUUAGAUACGCGAUUAUGUGUUUUAAUGCAUUGUAAUAAGAUAUAUUAAACAAUUUUCUGUUACAAAUUUAUAUUAUCGAAAUUAAGGUAUGACCAAUUUUAACAUGUGUAAAAUUUUCAAUCUUUGUAAAGUUACUUUAAAAUUUAUCUUUUAUAUAUUAUAUCGAAGUACAAAUGCGAAAGAAAAAAAAAUCUCCGUUUAAAAUUAUUAUCCACAUUAUUACGUCAAAUUAUUUCCUAUAUAAAUAACUGACUUUUCCGCUAAAUAUUUUAUCAAUUAAAUGUAAUGUAAAUGAUAAUAACCACUUAAUUGAUAUUGAUUGUUCAAGUUUAUUUGUUAUUAAAAUUGCACAGAAUGUCAAAACAUGUCUAUAUUGUAUUUCAUAAUUAUUUCUUUGUUAGCGUAUAAUUUACUUACUGAAACCAGAAUAUUUUGUAAAAUUUCUUUUAUCGUUUUUUGUUUCGUACACAAAUAUAACUAAUAUAAUAAUAAGUCUUAAUGUGCCCUCACGAACCAAUUUUUGUAUAUUAAAAAAAAUAUUUGGUUUGUUGUUUACAAGCGAAUCGCUAGUCAAAACGAAAUUACGUAGUGUUAAGUCCACGGAUCCUGAUGUUCGGCUAUAGCAUGAAAUUUUAUCAUGUGAUGUAAAACUAGUUUUAUGUAACCAUAAAGUUUAUUUUCUGAAGAUAACUUAAACAUGAACUACGCACAUGAAAUUGAUUUUUUUUCGUCAAAUAUAUGUAAUCUGUGCAACAGAUUAUCAAGUUAUUUUAUUUUUAAGUUUGAUUAUAUUCUAAUAGAUAUUAUGAUAAAAAUAAAUAAAUAUAUAUUACGGAAAA